UCCUGUCGGACAUGGCCAUGACGGAGGUGGAUCGCUUCAUGGACCGGGAGCACCUGAUCUUCCGGGAAAACACCCUCGCCACGAAAGCCAUAGAGGAGUACCUGAAACUCAUCGGCCAGAAAUACCUCAAGGAUGCCAUUGGCGAGUUCAUCCGGGCGCUGUACGAGUCGGAGGAGAACUGCGAGGUGGACCCCAUGAAGUGCUCGGCCUCCACCUUGGCCGACCACCAAGCCAACCUCCGCAUGUGCUGCGAGCUCGCCCUCUGCAAGGUGGUCAACUCGCACUG